GGGAUCGCGGCGCGGUCAAGAAGUAUAGGUGGCAAAACAGAUGUUGUUGUGUUCUUCGUCGGCAGCAAUCAGAAGGAUAUCAGUAUCGUGGCUGAUUAUGGCUAACAAUUCUAACUUCAAAUCCCACCGCCUCUCUCGUUCUGAUGAUGCUGCUUUGGCGUUAGAGAGCUCCACUAAAAGACCUGGAACUAUGAGCACCCAUUCCUCCCUCAAGGACGCCUUUUCUUCCUACGCUGAUCACCUCAAUGCCCUCAAUGAAAAACGCGAAAGGAUUGUAAAAGCCAGUCGUGAUGUAACUAUGAAUAGUAAAAAAGUCAUAUUUCAGGUGCACAGAAUCAGUAAAGCCAACAGAGAGGAAGUUUUGGAAAAGGCCGAAAAGGAUUUAGCUGCAGUGAGAGAUCAGCAUAUUUCCCGACUGGUGAAAGAGUUGCAAGGGACUGAUUUUUGGAAGCUACGGCGAGCAUACUCUCCGGGGGUACAAGAGUACGUUGAAGCUGCAACAUUCUUCAAAUUCUGCCAAACCGGAACUCUUUUGAAUCUUGAUGAGAUAAAUGCUAGUUUACUAUCACUUAGUGAUCCAUCUCUUGAGCCUUUGCAAAUUAACCUCCUUGACUAUCUCUUAGGGCUAGCAGAUUUGACUGGAGAGCUGAUGCGGUUAGCAAUUGGUCGAAUAUCUGAUGGUGAAGUAGAAUAUUCUGAGAGAAUAUGCCAGUUUGUACGUGAUAUUUACAGGGAAUUGACUCUUCUUGUCCCACUUAUGGAUGACGGUUCUGACAUGAAGACAAAGAUGGAUACGAUGCUCCAAAGUGUUGUGAAAAUAGAGAAUGCAUGCUUUAGUGUUCGUGUGAGAGGAUCAGAGUACAUUCCGCUUCUAGGGUCCAGCGAUCCAAGUUCUUUCUUAGUGGGAGUAUCUGAUGCGGAAUUAUGAAAUUGUUGACCGGAGGAGAUGUUUCCUGCUCAAGAUUCAAAGAUUUGGGAGUAGUUGAGGAAAUGUUUGCACCAAUAUUGAAAGAUCUUUGAGGCAUUUUUGGACUGCACUUUGUUAAAGUUGAUGUAACUAACUUGCAUGCUAGACUCUUCAAAUUCUUCAUGGGAUUAAAAAUCAGUCUCUUUGAGAUCUUUCAUAUGGCCAUUGGCUAUCUGCUCAUUUAGUUGAUGGGAAGUUGACAAUGGAGCUGAGAAAUAGAAAACUUUUGAAAUAUGUGUUGACAGAAUAAGCAAUUUAGGAAUCUGAUACAUCCAUUCUUUUCUGUGUGAGAACAUGUUUGCUUUAUAAAUACAAAACUAGGCUUCUUUA